UACUUCCAGCUGGUUGGUGGAGAAUUUGAUUUGGAGAUGAACUUUAUUAUCCAGGAUGCUGAGAGUAUAACAUGCAUGACAGAGCUUUUGGAGCACUGUGAUAUAACAUGUCAAGCAGAAAUAUGGAGCAUGUUUACAGCCAUUCUGCGAAAAAGUGUUCGGAAUUUACAGACUAGCACAGAAGUUGGGCUAAUUGAACAAGUAUUGCUGAAAAUGAGUGCUGUAGAUGACAUGAUAGCAGAUCUUCUAGUUGAUAUGUUGGGGGUUCUUGCCAGCUACAGCAUCACUGUCAAGGAAUUGAAACUUCUGUUCAGCAUGCUUCGAGGAGAAAGUGGAAUCUGGCCAAGACAUGCAGUAAAAUUGUUGUCAGUUCUUAAUCAGAUGCCACAAAGACAUGGUCCUGAUACUUUUUUCAAUUUCCCUGGUUGUAGUGCUGCGGCAAUUGCAUUGCCUCCUAUUGCAAAGUGGCCUUAUCAGAAUGGCUUCACCCUGAACACUUGGUUUCGCAUGGAUCCAUUAAAUAACAUUAACGUUGAUAAGGAUAAACCUUAUCUUUAUUGUUUUCGUACUAGCAAAGGAGUUGGCUAUUCUGCUCAUUUUGUUGGCAAUUGCCUAAUAGUCACAUCACUGAAGUCCAAAGGAAAAGGUUUUCAGCAUUGUGUGAAAUACGAUUUUCAACCUCGUAAGUGGUACAUGAUCAGCAUUGUACACAUUUACAAUCGAUGGAGGAACAGUGAAAUUCGGUGUUAUGUUAAUGGACAGCUGGUAUCCUAUGGUGAUAUGGCUUGGCAUGUUAACACAAAUGAUAGCUAUGACAAAUGCUUUCUUGGAUCUUCGGAAACUGCUGAUGCAAACAGGGUUUUCUGUGGACAGCUUGGUGCUGUGUAUGUUUUCAGUGAAGCCCUCAACCCAGCACAGAUAUUUGCAAUUCAUCAAUUAGGACCUGGAUAUAAGAGUACCUUCAAGUUUAAAUCUGAGAGUGAUAUUCAUUUGGCAGAACACCAUAAACAGGUUCUAUAUGAUGGAAAACUUGCAAGUAGUAUUGCCUUUACAUACAAUGCCAAGGCCACUGAUGCUCAACUAUGCUUGGAGUCAUCACCAAAGGAAAAUGCAUCGAUUUUUGUGCAUUCCCCACAUGCUCUAAUGCUUCAGGAUGUGAAAGCUAUAGUAACGCAUUCAAUUCAUAGUGCAAUUCAUUCAAUUGGAGGGAUUCAAGUGCUUUUUCCACUUUUUGCCCAACUGGACAAUCGGCAGCUCAAUGACAGUCAAGUGGAAACAACUGUCUGUGCUACUCUUUUGGCAUUCCUGGUUGAACUACUUAAAAGUUCUGUAGCCAUGCAAGAACAGAUGCUGGGUGGAAAAGGCUUUUUAGUCAUUGGCUACUUACUUGAAAAGUCAUCAAGGGUUCAUAUAACUAGAGCUGUCUUGGAGCAAUUUUUAUCCUUUGCAAAAUACCUUGAUGGUUUAUCUCAUGGAGCACCUUUGCUGAAGCAGCUUUGUGAUCACAUUUUAUUCAAUCCGGCCAUUUGGAUACACACACCUGCAAAGGUUCAGCUUUCUCUUUAUACUUACUUGUCUGCUGAAUUUAUUGGAACUGCUACCAUCUACACCACCAUACGCAGAGUAGGAACAGUAUUACAGCUAAUGCACACAUUAAAAUAUUACUACUGGGUCAUUAAUCCUGCUGACAGUAGUGGCAUUACACCUAAAGGAUUAGAUGGUCCCCGGCCAUCACAAAAAGAAAUUAUAUCACUUCGGGCAUUUAUGCUUCUUUUUCUGAAACAGCUCAUACUAAAGGAUCGAGGAGUCAAAGAAGAUGAACUUCAGAGCAUAUUAAAUUAUCUACUUACAAUGCAUGAGGAUGAAAAUAUUCAUGAUGUGUUACAGUUACUAGUUGCUUUAAUGUCAGAACAUCCAGCUUCGAUGAUACCAGCAUUUGACCAAAGAAAUGGAAUAAGAGUGAUCUACAAAUUAUUGGCUUCUAAAAGUGAAAGUAUCUGGGUUCAAGCUCUGAAGGUACUGGGAUACUUUCUGAAGCAUUUAGGUCACAAGAGAAAAGUUGAAAUUAUGCACACCCAUAGUCUUUUCACUCUUCUUGGAGAAAGGCUAAUGUUGCAUACAAACACUGUGACCGUCACCACAUACAACACACUUUAUGAGAUCUUGACAGAGCAAGUGUGUACUCAGGUUGUACACAAACCACAUCCAGAGCCAGAUUCUACAGUGAAAAUUCAGAAUCCAAUGAUUCUUAAGGUGGUGGCAACUUUGUUGAAAAACUCAACACCAAGUGCAGAACUGAUGGAAGUUCGUCGUUUAUUUUUAUCCGAUAUGAUAAAACUUUUCAGUAACAGCCGUGAAAAUAGAAGAUGCUUAUUGCAGUGUUCAGUGUGGCAGGAUUGGAUGUUUUCUCUUGGCUAUAUUAAUCCUAAAAAUUCUGAGGAGCAGAAGAUUACUGAGAUGGUCUACAAUAUCUUCCGGAUCCUUUUGUAUCAUGCAAUAAAAUAUGAAUGGGGAGGCUGGAGAGUCUGGGUGGAUACACUCUCAAUAGCACAUUCCAAGGUCACUUAUGAAGCACAUAAGGAAUAUCUUGCCAAAAUGUAUGAAGAAUAUCAAAGACAAGAGGAGGAAAACAUUAAAAAGGGAAAGAAAGGGAAUGUGAGCACCAUUUCUGGUCUUUCAUCACAGACAACAGGAGCAAAAGGAGGAAUGGAAAUCCGUGAGAUAGAAGAUCUCUCACAAAGCCAGAGCCCAGAAAGUGAGACAGAUUAUCCUGUCGGCACAGACACUCGAGACUUACUCAUGUCAACGAAAGUGUCAGAUGAAAUUCUUGGAAAUUCAGAUAGACCUGGGAGUGGAGUACACGUGGAAGUGCAUGAUCUUCUAGUUGAUAUAAAAGCAGAAAAAGUAGAAGCAACAGAAGUAAAGCUUGAUGAUAUGGAUUUGUCACCAGAGACUUUGGUGGGUGGAGAGAAUGGUGCCCUUGUGGAGGUAGAAUCUUUGUUGGACAAUGUGUACAGUGCUGCUGUUGAGAAACUCCAGAACAAUGUUCAUGGAAGUGUUGGUAUCAUUAAAAAAAAUGAAGAGAAGGAUAAUGGUCCAUUGAUAACAUUAGCAGAUGAGAAAGAAGAACUUCCCAAUAGUAGUACAUCUUUUCUCUUUGACAAAAUACCCAAACAGGAAGAGAAACUGCUUCCUGAACUUUCUAGCAAUCACAUCAUUCCAAAUAUUCAGGAUACACAAGUACAUCUUGGUGUCAGUGAUGAUCUUGGAUUACUUGCUCACAUGACUGGAAGUGUAGACUUAACUUGUGCAUCAAGCAUAAUAGAAGAAAAAGAGUUCAAAAUCCAUACAACUUCCGAUGGAAUGAGCAGUAUUUCUGAAAGAGACUUAGCAUCAUCAGCUAAGGGGUUAGAAUAUGCUGAAAUGACUGCUACAACACUGGAAACUGAGUCCUCUGGUAACAAAAUUGUACCAAAUAUUGAUGCUGGAAGUAUUAUUUCAGAUACUGAGAGAUCUGAUGAUGGCAAAGAAUCAGGAAAGGAAAUACGAAAAAUCCAGACUACUGCUACGACACAAGCUGUUCAGGGUCGAUCAAUCACCCAACAAGACCGAGAUCUCCGAGUUGAUUUAGGAUUUCGAGGAAUGCCCAUGACUGAGGAACAGCGGCGCCAGUUCAGUCCAGGCCCCCGGACUACAAUGUUUCGGAUCCCUGAGUUUAAAUGGUCUCCAAUGCAUCAGCGACUUCUCACUGAUUUGUUAUUUGCAUUAGAAACGGAUGUACAUGUUUGGAGAAGCCAUUCUACAAAGUCUGUGAUGGAUUUUGUCAAUAGCAAUGAAAAUAUUAUUUUUGUACAUAACACAAUUCACCUCAUUUCCCAAAUGGUAGACAACAUCAUUAUUGCUUGUGGAGGAAUUUUACCUUUGCUCUCUGCUGCUACCUCUCCAACUGGUUCUAAGACGGAAUUGGAAAAUAUUGAAGUGACUCAAGGCAUGUCAGCAGAAACAGCAGUAACUUUCCUCAGCCGACUGAUGGCUAUGGUUGAUGUACUUGUGUUUGCCAGCUCUCUAAAUUUUAGUGAGAUUGAAGCCGAAAAAAACAUGUCUUCUGGAGGUUUAAUGCGACAGUGCCUAAGACUAGUUUGCUGUGUAGCUGUGAGAAACUGUUUGGAGUGUCGACAAAGACAGAGAGACAGGGGAAACAAAUCUUCCCAUGGAAGCAGUAAGCCUCAGGAAAUUCCCCAAAGUGUGACUGCCACUACAACAUCAAAGACUCCCUUAGAAAAUGUUCCAGGUAAUCUUUCUCCUAUUAAAGAUCCCGAUAGACUUCUUCAGGAUGUUGAUAUCAAUCGCCUUCGUGCAGUUGUCUUUCGUGAUGUGGAUGAUAGCAAGCAAGCACAGUUCUUAGCUCUGGCUGUUGUUUACUUCAUUUCUGUCCUGAUGGUGUCUAAGUAUCGUGACAUUUUAGAACCCCAGAGAGACACUGCAAGAACUGGAAGCCAACCAGGUAGAAACAUCAGACAAGAAAUUAAUUCGCCAACAAGUACAGUUGUGGUUAUACCAUCUAUUCCUCAUCCAAGUUUGAACCAUGGAUUCCUUGCCAAGUUAAUUCCUGAGCAGAGCUUUGCCCACUCAUUUUACAAAGAAACACCUGCUGCAUUUCCAGACACUAUAAAGGAAAAAGAAACACCAACCCCUGGUGAAGAUAUUCAGAUAGAAAGUUCAAUUCCUCAUACAGAUUCAGGAAUUGGAGAGGAGCAAGUAGCUAGCAUCCUCAAUGGGGCAGAAUUAGAAACAACUACAGGUCCUGAUGCCAUGAGUGAACUCUUAUCCACUUUGUCAUCUGAAGUAAAGAAAUCACAAGAGAGCUUAACCGAAAAUCCCAGUGAAUUGUUGAAGCCUGCACCAUCCAUAUCUAGCAUUAGUCAAACCAAAGGCAUCAAUGUCAAGGAAAUACUGAAAAGUCUUGUGGCUGCUCCAGUUGAAAUUGCAGAAUGUGGCCCUGAACCUAUCCCAUACCCAGACCCAGCACUGAAGAGAGAAGCACAUGCUAUUCUUCCUAUGCAGUUUCAUUCCUUUGACAG